UGACGGUCGGUGGGGUCCGUGCGGCGUUCCGGUGCUGACCUGCGUGGGUGCUAGUAUGGAUGCGGUGUGCCGGCGAGCGCUGGUUGUCUGCGGCUGGCUGUGCCUCCUGCAGCCGGGCCUGGCGGCAGCGGACAUUCUGCACGGCGCCUGGACAGAGUCCAGCACACCGGCAGACGAGGCAAACCGGCUAUUUAAAGAUUACAAGGAGAACAGGGACAUGGUGCACGGCAUCGGUAGCCAUUACUACAUUACAUAUCCGGUUCAGAUACGUAACAACAGAAGGCAAUCUACCAUCAUCACCAGGGAAUCAGGACCCUCCAAGCUCGAGAGAGACAACACCUCUUCCCGGAAUGGUUUUUAUCAAAAGGUUUCGACAAAACACGUCGAGAAAACUUCACUCAUGAUCAAGGCGUUCAGCCAUCAUUUCCAACUGAACCUCAAGCUCAAUUCGCAACUUCUAGCACCGAACCUUAUCCACAAGCACUACCUGAUAAAGGGAGCGGAGCAGAUUUCAAAACAGGAGAUCGAGCACUGCUACUACCACGGCACGGUGCAGAACUACCCGGGCGCCGUGGCCGCCAUGCGCACGUGCAACGGUGUGUCCGGCGUCAUCCAGAUCGGCAACGAGACGUUCAUCAUCCACCCGUUCUACGGCGGUGACAUGUCGUCUCAGCACCCGCACCUGGUAUACGAGGCGCGCAGUCCAGCUCAGCAGGCGUGCGCCAACACCCGCAUGUACGAGUGGGGCCUGCGCCAGAAACGCGACGAGACCAUGGAGGACCCGGUCGAGCGCUGGACCGGCCGGCCGCCGCGCGAUGUACGGAACGCCAUCAAGCACAUCGAGCUGGCUCUGGUGCUGGACAGGGCCAUGUUUGAACUGCGCAACGGCUCGACGAGAGAGAGUGUCAUCCACGACGCCAUCCAGAUCGUCAACAUCGCCGACCAGUAUUACAAAACGCUGAACACGCGCAUCUCCCUGGUGUACAUCGAGACAUGGUCGGCCGAAAACCAGGCGGACGUCAAUUCGGCGGGCGAGAUCCAGCCUGCCCUGCUCAGCUUCAAAGAGUACGGCAGCCGCAACCUCUACAAGAUCACCCGGGACACUACCCAUCUGAUCACAGGCGCCCGCUUCAACUACGGCAAGACGGGCAUGGCUGUGCCCAGGCAGAUAUGCAACGACAACUCGUACGGCGUCACGGUCGACAGUAACGUGUACGAGCCGCACGUGACGGCCAGCACCAUGGCUCACGUUCUCGGUCACGUGAUCGGCAUGGCGCACGAUGACCGCGAGGGCUGCACCUGCUCCGACUGGCACGGCUGCAUCAUGUCGGCCAACAUCGUCGGCAAGGACAACGUGCAGCCGUACAAGUUCUCGCAGUGCUCGCGCGAGGAUUAUCUCAAGGAGCUGCGGCGCAUGCACGGCGUCUGCCUCCUCAACAGGCCCAACGAGCUCGAAAUCAACAACUGCGGCAACGGCAUCGUGGAGGACGGCGAGGACUGUGACUGCGGCACCGUUGAUGGCGCCGAGUGCGCGCGCAUGGACCCCUGUUGCGACCACAUCACCUGCAAGCUGCGCGAGGAGGCCGAGUGCUCCACCGGACCCUGCUGCGACAACUGCAGGCUGCGGACGAGGGGCACGCUCUGCAGGAAGGCCGCGACAGAGUGCGACGUACCCGAGUUCUGCGACGGCGACAAGGGCGGCUGUCCCAUGGAUAUCCACAAGAAAAACGGCCUAGUGUGUGCAGGCGGCGAGGGCUACUGCUUCAACGGCAUCUGCCCGGCGAGGAACCAGCAGUGCGCCCAGAUCUGGGGCUAUGAUUCGGUGUCGUCGGACGACCAGUGUUACGAGAGGUUCAACACCCAGGGCUUCGUCAACGGUCACUGCGGCAAGCAGGCCAACAACCACUUCCUCAAGUGCGAGAUCGGGAACGUGCUGUGUGGCCUGCUGCAGUGUCAGCUGGGUUACCCGAACCCGGUGGUGGCGGCGGGCGGCGGCGCCGGCGACCAGACCGUCUCGCGCACAGUCAUCUCCAUCCGCGGCAAGGAGUUCCACUGCAACGUGGCUAGCGGUAACAUGGAUCCGCGGCGCAACCCCGACCACGGCAUGGUGCUGGACGGCACGCGCUGCGGCAACAACAUGAUCUGCGUCAACCAGACCUGCACGUCCAUCUACCCCCACAUCGAUCGCGGCCGCUGCCCCACCAACGGCAGUCACGAAUGCUCCGGGAGAGGGGUCUGCACCAAUAUGAACACGUGCUUCUGCAACGCGGGCUUCUCGGGCACCAGCUGCUCGCGGCGGACGAACGCCACGCUGUCGCGGCCGGGCCUCUUCACGCCGCCGCGAACCACCAAGCCGCCCGAGAAGAGCAACAACCGCCUGCUCGACACCAUCGACACCAACGCGCGCACCACGUCACUGGUGAAAAACGAUGGCAGCUCCACGCUCCAUUUGGUGAUAAUGCUGGUGUCGCUGGUAGGACUGAUCUUUCUCUUCUUCACCUUUGUUGCGCUGUGCUACAGGCGGCGUAGUACCACGCCCAAGUAUGGCGGCCACAUGGGAAACAAGCAGGGCUUUCCCUCGCUGGCGAUGCCGCUCAACAACAGGAGCUCCAGCAGCGCCGAGGACCUCGAGGCCAGCAGGAUGAUCACCUUCGGCUCCAUGCCCUCGUACAGUUCGUCGUUCCCCAGGGAGCACAAGAUGCAACAGCGCCAGAGCCCGAACCCGCGCGGUUACGGGCCCGGGCACGGCGCGGCGGCGGCGGCAGCAGCGGUGGCGCCGAAUCGACUGCCGGGUCCCUCCGUCCAGCUGGCCGGGCCGCCGACGCACGGCGGCCACCCGGGCCACGCGGCCCACGCAGCCCACGUCGGCGCGCACGGCGGCGUGCACGGCCUGCCGCCGCGCGGAGGCCUCCCGCUGCCCCCCGGCGCGGGCGCCGCCGCACCCCUGGAGCCAGACGACGACGACGGCUUCCUGGACCCGCGCGGCAACAACAUCAGCAAACCGCCGGAGAAGGGCAUCCUGAAGAAGGCGGUAGCUGGCAGCGGCAGCCUGUAUGGCUCGGUCGGCGGCGACCGCUGGGCCGAGGAGAGCCAGUCGGACAACAACGAAGUGCUCUCGCAGUCAGACAACAACCACGACUCUGACACCAACGGUCAGGUGACGGAGGUGGAGCGCACUCUCAAGUCGCUCAACGGAUACCACGAGGACAUCCUGGAGGCGCUGCGCAACGCGGCCAGCACGCGCGGCACCUCGUCCACCUCGUACUCGGACGAGCUGCGUAAGUCUCUCACCCUCAGCUCCAAUCCUGAACUCUCUCGGGCGGGGGCGUCGCUGCUCGCGUCGACCGAGGACUCAGCCGACACGCUGCCGCACCACGGCACCAUACGCAUCCGCAACUUGGAGGACCUGAUCCGCCAGCUGGAGCAGCCGCCACACCGGCUGCGCUCGCCAUCCAGCUCGGACGACCUGCGGCUGAGCGAGACCGAGGCCGACCGCCAGCUCCGGCUUGAGUCCUCCUCCUGCACCGAGUCGCAGGGGCGACGCGGCGAGUUCAGCCCGGCCGGCUUCGUACUGGGCCGGUACCGGGAGCCAGCCAGCGGCUCCACAUCGGACAAGCUGAGUGGCACCUCGGAGGGCACCAGCCAGCCCUUCACCGACGACGGCACGGCCGUCACUGGCGAGACGGAGAGUGACGACUUCCUGGACCGGGCGUUGGCGCGGGCGGCCGCCGCCGCCCAAAUCAAGCCCUACACGCUGGAAUCGCCGCAGUCGGACGACUCGGAGCUGGCGCACGGCUUCCCCGAGUACUCGCACUGA